AUGAAUGAAAGUGUAGGCCCACAGGUUAGCCCUUUUUUCGGUGUCAAGGAAAUUGGCCACACUCCGUUAUAUGGGUGUCCUCCGAACAUGUAUCAACAAUAUGUUUUUGGCGAAUCCCAUUUUGAGAUACCACAGUUUUAUUCUGAUGAAGAAGUUAUCAGAUACAUGGUUCCCAAUUCACCAGACAAUAGAUUUCUAAUUCUUUAUCCUUAUAACGGCAAUAUUCAUUUAAAUAGAACAUCUGAUCGAUGUUUUGAUUCCGACACUAAAAGUGUUCAAAUUCAGACCGAUAUUCAAGCCACUGACUUCGCUGACAGUCCUGAAGCACCGACAGAAGUAAUUAAAAACCAGCAUCCCGGUUUUAUACUUUUGAGUGUAAAACAUGAGAAAGUAGGAGAAGAUCCUCAGCCAACUCGAAAGAGUUCAAGUGAUCAUAAAGGAUCUGGAGUUCCCAUGCGAAAAAUUUCACGUAAACGGACAAGGAAAAUGACUCCAAUUUCACACAACUCUGGUACUCUUUUGGUCAAUGGAUUCGGGUUUAUUUCGCCCGAAGAAGCUUCAAGGCUCACUUCAAAUAUGACCAAACAGUCUUCUUCAUUUUCGCGUUUUCGAGUUACUCGAAUCGCUGAUGUCAGCAGUUGGUGGAUUCCCAACAACUCUUCGAUGAAUAUUUCUGUUCAUGAUUUGAAAACACCAUCGCUGCCUGAUUUUGUGACCAAACAGUAUCAGAAAUUGAAAUCCGAUGUUUCCUACAAUUCUCAUAAACCCACAGAAUGA